AUGUCCAGUCCAUUACUAUUGCUCGGAGCAGGCUUCGUCACCCGCCCAACUGCGGUCGAGCUUGACAAGGCCGGUGUCAAGGUCACUGUCGCCUGCAGAACCCUCGAGAGUGCACAGAAACUCGCCCACGGCUUGCAACAUGCGUCCGCCAUCUCGCUCAAUGUCAACGAUGCUGCUGCCCUCGAGGCCGAGGUCGCCAAGGUCGAUCUUGUCAUCUCCUUGAUUCCAUACACCUUCCACGCUCAGGUCAUUCAGGCCGCCAUCAACCAGAAGAAGCACGUCGUCACCACCUCAUAUGUCUCGCCAGCUAUGCUUGCGCUCGAUGAGCAGGCCAAGGCGGCUGGCAUCACAGUCUUCAACGAGAUCGGUCUCGACCCGGGCAUCGACCACCUCUACGCCGUCAAGACCAUCACCGAGGUGCACGAGCAGGGUGGCAAGAUCACAGGAUUCCUUUCGUACUGCGGUGGUCUGCCCGCACCUGAGGAUUCGGACAACCCUCUUGGAUACAAGUUCUCAUGGUCGCCUCGUGGUGUGCUCCUUGCCGCCAACAACACCGCUCAGUUUUACCGCGAUGGCAAGACUGAGACCGUCGCUGGCGCUCGUCUCAUGGCCACGGCUCAACCUUACCACAUCUAUCCCGGCUACGCGUUCGACGCAUACCCGAACCGUGACUCUACCCCUUACCGUGAGCGAUACAAUAUCCCCGAAGCUGAGACCGUCAUCCGUGGUACCCUCCGCUACCGCGGAAACCCAGCAUUCGUCCAGGUCUUGCAGGAGCUUGGUCUGCUCAACGGCGACGCCAAGGACUUCCUCUCCAAGCCCAUCCCAUGGAACGAAGCCUUUGCGCAGAUCCUCGGCGCCAAGUCCUCGUCCGAAGCCGACCUCGAGGCAGCUGUCUCCUCCAAGGCCAACUUCAACUCAGCCGAGGACAAAGAGCGCAUCUUGGCUGGCCUGCGCUGGGUCGGUCUCUUCUCCACUGAGCCCAUCACUCCCGCCGGUACCGCUCUGGAUGCCUUGUGCGCCUCGUUGGAGCACAAGAUGCAGUACGCUCCCGGUGAGCGUGAUUUCGUCAUGCUCCAACACAAGUUCUUCAUCACCUGGGCCGACGGUCGCAAGGAGGUGCGCACUUCGACGCUUGCCGAGUAUGGUGCGCCUGAGCCCGGCAGCGGAGCCAACGACGAUGGCCAAGGUUACAGCGCCAUGGCCAAGCUCGUCGGUGUCCCCUGUGCCGUCGCUGUGCUGAUGGUCCUCUCUGGUGAGAUUUCCGCACGUGGUAUCUUGGCGCCGGUCACGCCUGAGUUGGCGGAGCCCCUGCGGUUGAAGCUCCAGAAGGACUAUGGCAUCGAGUUGAAGGAAAAGACUUUGGCUUAAGUAGUCUGACUAGGAAAGAAAAAAAGUUAAAUCUGAAAUGAUGAAUAUACUUGACACAG